UGACACUUGGUACUGAACAACAUGUCACGCGAUAGUACUGUGACUGUUUUUUGUUGACUUCCAGUUCUCAUUUCACAAAGUAUUGACACAGAGCGAACUAAACAUUUUGUCACCAUUAUUUAAAGGAGACCACAGGGAGGCGUUUCACUAAUUAAAGGUUUGGAGUCAGUAUUGAGGAAGAGAUUUAUUUCCCUCAAGUUGAUUGAGAAUGGCUAACAACAGGGAUGUCGACGAGAGCACCCCACUUUUGGACUCAGGAAACAGACCUUCACCUCCAUCAGUGUUCCAGGGAAGGAGAUUAGCAUGUGCAGCAAUCCUGCUGGCUGAAUCGUUAGAAAGGAUUGCAUUCUACGGCAUUACAUCUAAUCUGGUCCUAUUUCUAAAUGGUAGUCCUUUUUACUGGCAGGGCACUCAGGCCAGUCAGGCACCCCUGAUUUUCAUGGGGGUGACCUACCUGAUUUCACCAUUUGGAGGCUGGUUGGCAGAUGCAUAUCUUGGGAAAUUCUGGACCAUAGCUUCAAGUUUGAUCCUGUAUUUUAUGGGCAUGCUAUUUUUCCCUUUCAUUUCAAAUGAAGAUACCAGGAUACAUCUAUGUGGAGAAGAGACAGCGUUUCCCGUGCAGCCUGCUGAGUGCUUGAGUACAAACAGCACCCCUCCAACAAAUGUAACUUGUCCCAUUCGUGCCCCAUAUUGUGGUGCACUCGUCUACAGUGGACUCUUUUUAAUUGCAUUAGGUGUGGGCACUGUGAAGUCCAACAUCACUCCAUUUGGGGCAGAUCAGGUCAAAGACAGAGGACCCGAGGCCACACGACGUUUCUUCAACUGGUUUUACUGGUGUAUCAACUUAGGAGCCAUCCUGUCUCUCGGAUGCGUGGCCUACAUCCAGCAAAAUGUCAGCUUUGAGGUCGGCUACAUCAUUCCCACUGUGUGCCUCGGAGUGUCCUUCCUGGUCUUUCUCCUGGGACGGACUGUUUUCAUCACCAAGCCUGCUGAUGGCAGUGCCUUCUCAGAUAUGUUCAAGAUCCUGGGCUUUGCCUGCUGUUCACAGAAACAAAAUGAGCCUAGCCUGCUCCGCAACAAACCAACAUUACUAGACGGUGCCAAAGUGACCCACGGAGGAAUAUUUCCAGAAGAAAAAGUAGAUGAAGUGAAAGCACUGGUGAAAAUCCUUCCAGUCUUCUUUGCCCUUAUUCCGUACUGGACUGUGUACUUCCAGAUGCAGACAACAUACAUCCUGCAAAGUCUCCAUCUGAGGAUUCCUAAUGCAGCGCCAAACACCACUACCGACGGGAAGAUGACAUUUCACUUCCCGGCUGCAUGGCUUACCAUGUUUGAUGCAGUGCUCAUCCUCAUGCUGAUUCCUCUGAAAGACAAAGUAGUUGACCCCAUCCUGAAACGCCGCGGCCUCCUGCCCUCCUCUCUGAAGAGGAUUGCAGUGGGGAUGUUCUUUGUUAUGUGGUCGGCCGUGGCAGCGGGUAUUUUGGAGACCAAACGCCUGGAGAUUGUCAAAUCAAAUGGUACCAUUGACCAGGUGCUUGGCAAUGUUAUCUACCACGCAGCAGAUUUGCCCAUAUGGUGGCAAGUGCCUCAGUAUGUGCUGAUAGGAAUCAGCGAAAUCUUUGCCAGCAUUGCAGGUCUGGAGUUUGCUUAUUCUGCAGCUCCAAAGUCCAUGCAGAGUGCCAUCAUGGGGCUCUUCUUUUUCUUCUCCGGGAUCGGCUCCUUUGUGGGCUUUGGUCUGUUGGCCCUCGUCUCCAUUAAGGAAAUCGGCUGGAUGUCAUCCCACAAAGACUUUGGUAACAUCAACGACUGCUCUCUUCACUACUACUUCUUCCUCCUGGCGGGCAUCCAAGGUGUGACCUUGCUGGUCUUCCUCAUUGUCUCCGUCAAGUACGACAAGCAGAGGGGCAGAGCAGGAAGCCAGCGGCAAAGACACACCUUCUCUUGACCUCAGCACACAUCCCAGUAACCCGCCAUAUCUCUCAGUGCCCAAAGAUGCUGUUGAAUAAGUACCACAACAGUGUACUUAUUUUCCUUUCAUUACAAUGCACAUAUUUGUGUUUGUUUGAGCUUUUUAGUGUGAAUUCAUUCUCGUUUCUGAUAACAUUACUGGGUGACUGCGUUGGUACCAUUUUGGAGACAGUUCAGAGAUUCAUCAAGGAGUCUUGUUUGACACAUUUCUGCUGUCUUCCUCUCCUGUGGUGUGUUUAAUUCUCGUGCCUUUCUUAGAUCAUUUGCACUUAACUUGAGGGGUGGUGCCAUAAAUAUGUGAUAGAUUAACAUUUUCUAAUCACGAGGAAGGCUCACUUGUUUUUAAUGUUAGUUUUAAUAUGUCCUUUGUCUCAAAGACAUACUGUAUAUUUUUCUUUUAUAUUAUACCUAUCAUUAACUUACAGUACAAACAAUGAGCUUGUGGUUUUGCUAAUCAGUUUUGUUAUUCCAGAGUGAUUCAUUGGUACUUACAGUUUAAAUUGUCUCUAAUCUUGUAUGUGUAUCCUGGACACGGGGUAUUUUUGUUUUGAAUUCCAACAUUAUUUCAUUCAUCCUUUGGUGCUUCUAAAGAGCUUAAACUCUUUAAAAGCAUAUGGCAUUGAACGGUGAAUUGCUUCUAAUGCAGGGGGUUAGGUUUAUCUUGCAGUUUCCCAGAAUGAUUUCUGUUAAAGUUACGAAAAGAGCUGGACUUCUGUUUGAGGUAAUUUCAAAUGAACACACUUCGAUUUCCUUUAAGUAAAUCCUAUAUUCAGAUGUAAGACUAAGAGAGGCAAAUCUCCCAUAUUUGUUUUUCAUUGCCUGUGAUUACAGUGCACACUGCAAAGCCUCAUAAAUCCAUCCCAUAAGUCCAUUUUAAAUCCUCAGACAGCACUGUACACGAACAGUGUCAACAAUAUUCUCCAUGGCUCCAAUGAAGCUUCACUCCCUAUUUUUUUCGUUUUAAUGCUGCUCAAGCUGCAGAACUGCAUGUCUUCAUGACAAACAACAGUUUGGACAGUAUCAGUUGGCUUUACUGCCUUUCAAAAUUCUUGGAUCAUGUUACGAGGCUGAAAUACAGAAAUUAAAAAUGUCUAUAUCAGUAUUAUCUGUAUAUUAUCUGUAUAUUUCAAAUAUUCUAACAAAAUUAAUAGCAACUCUCUGUGUUAUCGGAGCUUUGCAGCUUUGGCAGUUUUUUAAAAAUGAUUUUACAAAUAAGCUUCACUUUUGUUGUAUUUAUAAGACUUUGAUGCAUUUGUUUUUUGCUUUUUACUCUAGAAUAAGAAAGUGUGUGUGUCUGUGUUUGUGUGUGUGUGUGUGUGGGUGUGUGUGUGGUGGGGGUGGGAGAUUGUGGAAUGGGGGAUGAAUUCUUCAAACCUCAGAUUAAGUCGAGCACAAGGUACUGAAUUUUAAUAUAAGAAAACUCUCAGGGCUUAAGGAAUACUGUCAUGUGAUAAACAGCAACUCUCCAGGAAAUUUAAAAUUGCCUUUGGGAGCUCAGAGCAGUGUUUAUCUUUCGGUGUAAAAUAAAAAAGUUACAGAGUAUUUCUUCUCACUAAUGUAUUAAACAGCAGAUUUUUAGCUUAUGUUCAUUUGAUGGGAUAAUGCUAAAUGCUUGUUUGUUUAUUUCUUUUUAAUUCAACUUUUGUAUGUGACUUCUUUGCCAUCUUGGUUAUUAUCAAGAUUUAUGGUAUUUACUUUGCAAUGAUGUUCUGUUUUCAAAAUGAUAGAGAACUGGAACAUUGUUUUGUUUUCAUAUUUGUGCCCAUUAAAGAACGGUAAAGAACAUGCUGUUAAAAACA